AUGGGGCAGCUGUCCUAUGGCAUCAUCCCCCUCAUCAUGUGGUGCUCCAUCACCUUCCAGGCAGCCUCCUGCCUGCAGCAGCAGCCCCACAGCCAUGCUGAGGACCGUCUCUUCAAGCACCUCUUCACUGGCUACAACCGCUGGUCACGGCCAGUGCCCAACACCUCCGACGUGGUCAUCGUGAAGUUCGGGCUCUCCAUCGCGCAGCUGAUUGAUGUGGAUGAGAAGAACCAGAUGAUGACCACCAACGUCUGGCUGAAGCAGGAGUGGAGUGACUAUAAACUGCGCUGGGACCCAGCAGAAUUUGACAAUGUCACCUCCAUCCGGGUGCCAUCUGAGAUGAUCUGGAUCCCUGACAUUGUGCUCUACAACAAUGCUGACGGGGAGUUCGCCGUGACCCACAUGACCAAGGCCCACCUCUUCUCCAACGGGAAGGUGAAGUGGGUGCCGCCUGCCAUCUACAAGAGCUCGUGCAGCAUCGACGUCACCUACUUCCCCUUCGACCAGCAGAACUGCAAGAUGAAGUUCGGCUCCUGGACCUACGACAAGGCUAAGAUCGACCUGGAGAACAUGGAUCACCACGUGGACCUCAAGGACUACUGGGAGAGCGGCGAGUGGGCCAUCAUCAACGCCAUCGGCACCUACACCUCCAAGAAGUACGACUGCUGCAGUGAGAUCUACCCUGACAUCACCUUCUUCUUCGUCAUCCGCCGCCUCCCGCUCUUCUACACCAUCAACCUCAUCAUCCCCUGCCUGCUCAUCUCCUGCCUGACUGUGCUGGUCUUCUACCUGCCCUCCGACUGCGGGGAGAAGAUCACCCUCUGCAUCUCCGUGCUGCUGUCCCUCACUGUCUUCCUGCUGCUGAUCACAGAGAUCAUCCCCUCCACCUCGCUGGUCAUCCCCCUCAUCGGCGAGUACCUCCUCUUCACCAUGAUCUUCGUCACGCUCUCCAUCAUCAUCACUGUGUUCGUCCUCAACGUCCACCACCGCUCCCCCAGCACCCACACCAUGCCCCACUGGGUGCGUAGCUUCUUCCUUGACUUCAUCCCUCGCUGGCUCUUCAUGAAGCGACCUCCAGCACUGCCUCCUCCAGAGGGGACUGCAGGACAAUAUGACCUCCCAGGAACGAGCCUCAGCACCUCUCGUUGCUGGCUGGAGACUGAUGUGGAUGAUAAGUGGGAAGAGGAUGAGGAUGAAGAGGAGGAGGAGGAGGAGGAGGAAGAAGAAGAAGAGGAAGAGGAGAAGGCAUAUCCCAGCCACAUGUCCCAGGCAGGCCCCCAUGGCCAAGCCACCCAGUGCCAUUACAAUUGUGGGCGUCAAGCUGGGAAGGCAUCAAGGGGCUCAGCCCCCCGAGUGUCCCCCAAGGGGAAGGAGGAGGAGGAGGCAGACUCGGACCAAAGGCUGAUGUUGUCCCCCAGCAUCUUGAAGGCCCUUGAAGGGGUCCACUACAUCGCAGACCACUUGCGAGCAGAGGACACUGACUUCUCGGUGAAGGAGGACUGGAAGUAUGUGGCUAUGGUGAUCGACCGCAUCUUCCUCUGGAUGUUCAUCAUGGUCUGCUUGCUGGGCACUGUGGGGCUCUUCCUCCCACCCUACUUGGCAGGGAUGAUCUAGAGGCCAGGCCAGGCUGUGGUGAGGACAAUGGGUGACACACGAUCCCUCCUGCCUGGAGAGUGGGCACGGUGGUGCCCACAUCCAGCUGGACCCUUGCUUCUCCCUGAGAGGACACAGUUGCAGCCACAGAGAACUGUUGGAUGGGAAAUGCAGGGUGAAGCAAGGGCUGUGCUGAUGGGUGACCUGGGGGUGGUGGGAAGGGAGGGCUUCUUGCCAGCCUGCCCAGGGUGGCCACAGCCAUCAGGGAUUUCAGAAUGGUAUGGUACAGCUCUUUCAUUGCCCAAGUGCAGGCUGGAGGCAUCUAGGAGAGACAGCUGCCUCCAAGCCAUACCCAAAACCCAACAGCUGCAUCUGGUUGUGACUCUGACAUGCUGAGCAAGAAGAUGGGACCUUGGAG